AAAUUUUGUACGGCGCACAAAGAAAAUAGUCCGUGCAUGAAGAGACACGACGAUCAGUUCGAGAAACGUGACGCUCGUGACAGUAGCUUUGCAACGUUUAUGAAAUUCACGGCAAGGGUCUGACGGAAGUACAAGGCGCGAGAAUAUCAAAGGCCGCAGAUAUUACUACGCCGCACGUUGUGGAAGGAAGCAGAAAUCGAGUACUGGCAGGAAGUGGGUAGAAGGGGGUACGUCGUUGAGCUAGUUGAUUCGGUGGUGGCUACAUGUGGCUGUCUGCCGGUAGCGACAACGAGACAUUUCCUAUCGAGGCAUAAAAAAAUUACGUUUUCUGAUAAUCGAUAGACGAAAGGAGCUGAAAUCAUGCAAAUGGAUCCAACGACAGUACAGCUUAUCCAGGUUCUAGAAAGAACCGUCUCCUCGAACAAAAAUGAGUUGGAAGCAGCUCAAAACUUUCUUGAGCAGGCAGCAAGAACUAAUCUUCAUGAAUUUUUGCAAAGACUCAGCGGCGUUUUGGUUAAUGCCACUGCAAGCCCAGUUGCUCGUAUGGCAGCAGGUCUUCAGCUAAAAAAUCAACUUACAUCUAAAGAUCCAGAUUUAAAAUGUCAAUAUCAACAACGUUGGCUUGCUAUUCCUGUAGAAACAAGGGAAUAUAUUAAGAAGAAUAUUUUUGGGGCACUUGGAACGGAGAACAACAGGCCAGGUUCUGCAGCACAAUGUGUUGCAUAUGUAGCGGUUGCUGAAUUACCUGUUCGUGAAUGGACCAAUGUCAUUCAUCUGUUAGUCAAUAAUGUUGUAAAUCCAAACAGCACGGAGAUAUUAAAGGAAGCAACUUUAGAAGCCAUCGGUUAUAUUUGUCAAGAUAUAGAAAGCGACGUUUUGGUACCUCAGUCUAAUGAGAUUCUCACUGCUAUCAUUCAUGGUAUGAAAGGAUCGAGUACCUCGCAUUACGUUUGCCUUGCAGCUACGAGUGCACUCUAUAAUUCAUUAGAAUUUACCAAAGGAAAUUUUGAGAUAGAGACUGAGAGAAACUUCAUUAUGGAGGUGGUAUGUGAGGCAACACAGUCCUUAAACACCCAAGUUAAAGUAGCUGCUUUACAGUGUCUUGUAAAAAUUAUGUCAUUGUAUUAUCAAUAUAUGGAGCCCUACAUGGCUCCAGCACUUUUCCCAAUUACUCUAGAAGCUAUGAAGUCAGAUAUCGAUGAAGUUGCACUGCAAGGAAUUGAGUUUUGGUCAAACGUAUCUGACGAAGAGGUAGAUUUAGCCAUGGAAGAGGGCGAAGCUACCGAUGGUGGUAGACCGCCAGUCAAAGUAUCGAGACAUUAUGCAAAGGGCGCUUUGCAGUUUCUGGUACCUGUUUUGAUGAAGAAGCUCACUAAACAAGAAGAAUUUGAUGACGAAGACGAUUGGAAUCCCUCAAAAGCUGCUGGAGUGUGUUUAAUGUUAUUAUCCUCUUGCUGCGAGGAUGCAAUUGUUCCGUUCGUUCUUCCUUUUGUCAAGGAUAACAUUCAAAGUCACGACUGGAGGUAUCGAGAUGCAGCACUAAUGGCUUUUGGUUCUAUUCUUGGGGGUGUUGAUCACACUACCUUGAAACCUUUGGUAGAGCAAGCAAUGUCAACGCUUAUUGAACUAAUGUACGACAGCAGUGUCGCGGUAAGGGACACAGCUGCAUGGACGUUUGGUCGAAUUUGUGAGAUCAUACCACAAGCAGCGAUUAGUGAGAGAUACCUGAAACCAUUGUUAGAGGCUUUGAUAAACGGUUUGAAGGCAGAACCUCGCGUUGCAGCGAACGUUUGUUGGGCGUUCACGGGUCUUGCAGAAGCUAGCUACGAGGCUGCAGAAGGUCAUGAGGGACAGAAUCCGGAAACGUGUUGCAUGUCUCAAUACUUUGAUUUUAUCAUUCAGAGAUUGUUGGAAACGACGGAUCGUCCAGAUGGAGCUCAAGCUAACUUACGAUCGGCUGCUUAUGAAGCACUGAUGGACAUGGUGAAGAACUCUCCGCGCGAUUGUUAUUUAACCGUGCAGAAGACGACGAUGGUAAUUCUGGAGAGAUUGCAGCAGGUACUGCAAAUGGAGACACAUAUCCAGAGCCAUUCGGAUCGUGCUCAAUAUAAUGAUUUGCAAUCGUUGUUAUGCGCAACUUUGCAAUCUGUGCUACGUAAAGUUACACCGGAGGAUGCCCCGCACAUCUCUGAUGUAAUAAUGACAGCAUUGUUGUCUAUGUUCAACUCGAAUUCUUGCAAAGCCGAGGGUGUACAAGAGGAUGCUCUCAUGGCUGUUUCGACUCUAGUCGAAGUCCUUGGAGAAGGUUUCUUGAAGUACAUGGAUGCAUUCAAACCAUAUCUCUGUCUUGGCUUGAAGAAUCAUGCAGAGUAUCAAGUUUGUUGCGCAGCUGUUGGUCUGACCGGAGACAUUUGUCGCGCCCUAAAAAACAAAAUGCUACCCUAUUGCGAUGAAAUCAUGACCCUCUUGCUGGAAAAUCUUGGCAAUAAUUCGGUCAAUCGUUCCGUGAAGCCUCAAAUCUUCUCCGUUUUCGGUGAUGUCGCUCUCAGUAUUGGUCCUGAAUUCAAGAAAUAUUUGGACGUGGUACUUCAAACAUUGGCUCAGGCUUCUCAAGCCAAUGUAGAUAGAAGCGAUUACGAUAUGAUCGAUUAUCUGAACGAAUUACGAGAGGGCGUCCUUGAAGCUUACACUGGUAUAGUGCAAGGAUUGCGCGGUGAUGUAUCGAAUUCUUGCGCAGAUACGACAGUUGUUCUGGUAGAGCCGCACGUGCCCUUCAUUAUCCAGUUCAUCACGUCGAUAGCACAGGACCGUGAACAUUCUGAAGGCAAUAUUGCAGCUUCUGUGGGCUUGCUUGGUGACCUCGUCACCGUGUUUGGAGUAAAACUCUUGCCGAUGGUAGAAACUGAACCGCUUACAGAGUUCUUAACCAAGGCUAGACGAUCACGUACUGAGAAGACUAAGACUUUGGCUAACUGGGCUGCUAAAGAGAUUCGGAAGCUCAAGAGUAUUGCUAACUCUACGUCCAGUUGAUCACCCCACGGUUGUACUGUCGUGCAAUUUGAUUUGACUAGAGAGCUAUCGAACACAAUACAAAGACAACAAGAUUGGAUGGUGCGGAUGCGAGUUGAUGGAUGUGCGUGAGUUUCGAAGCGAUGACGAUGAUGGGGUGAUGAGUCUGCACGUGUCCCUGCUCUGGCGACGGUAUUUGAGUACCGACACGUCGAGCGCAACCCCAAAUGGUCGAAAAAAUAAAUACAUGUCUGCCGACAACGGAUGAUGAGGAGUGCAAGUGGAUGUUGCCGAUGAAUGAGCCAAGGCCGAAGUCUGCCGAGAUGUUCCGGUGAUGCAAGUAUGCCUGGUAACGAGCCUGGGGCUUCUACCCGCGUGAUUGAGAAGUUGAACCUGAGGAAAAGACGACUUCAAUGGACGAUGAUCGAGGCCAAUGAGAGAGAGAGAGAGAGAGAGAGAGAGAGCGAAUGAGUGAGUGUGGAAGAACGAAUGGUGUGAACGAGGAAGAAAACGCAGAGAAACCAAAUGAGAGAGAGCGAGACUGUAGAGCUGCUAAAGAAAGAAUGUGCUCUAGUAAUUGAACGUAAGGAUGGUUCUAUUAAUAUGUAUGCAUGUAAGAUCACAGGGAGUCUGUGUGUAUAAAAUAAAACAUGUCACCUUUGAAUGAGCGAUUAUAUUACACACGUCGUCUCGUCGAGAAAGUUCAAUUAUUAAUGCGCAACUCGUUGUAAAGCUCCUAGCUUUUUUGUCCUCCUGUAGCUUUGCCAACGAAGUCCGCGGUCUGUUUCCGAUUCCUUACUAAACUGUCACACCAUCACUCGUUCGAAGCAAUCGAAGCAUCACCGAAUGACUGUUGGCGUGAUUUGAAGUUAAUGAGCGAAAUAAGUGGCCGUCAGAAUGCUGGUUGCUAUUUUAAUGCAGCCAAGUGGUGCACAAGUGGAGGUAAGAACUUUACACAAGAGAGGAAGAGAGAAAGGGAAAGAAAAAAAGAAGGUAAGAGUGAAUGCGUGUGAAUAGCAUCACAAAUGUUCUGAAUGAUUCUCAAAAAAAUAUGGUCGGAAGGUUCAAAAUAUUGCUGACCUCUGGUCCGAUCGUGCUGCGCGAGGAUCUAAAUGAUUAGUUAUAGUAUGAUAAUGAUGAUGAUGAUGAUGAUGAUGAUGAUAAUGAUGAUGCCGAGUAUGUUACUUUGCCCGUAUGUGAAUGUCUGUUGCUGUUGAUUCAUUAAAAUUAAUAUUUUGCUGGCAUAAGUUAUUGAGUUGUACCGAAGUCCUCGUCCGGCCUGAACGUUCGAGUAAAAAAGAAUUGCAAAGAGGAAAGAAAACUAAUUAUGAUCGAGUAUUCAGCCUCAAAAUACAUUAUACAAUUAUAUCCACCCAUACACAAAAGUAAUCCUGCGCGUAAUCGAAAUUAAUUUUAUGCGAUCACGUUAUAUCAUUAAUUCGUAUUUUUGUAAUUCUCCAACGGAAUAUCGGACGAGAGCUUUUUGCACUGCCACUAACAUUGAAACAAUACUAUGUACGUGAUGUUCAGGCACGUGUUUUACACCGUUCGUUUCUUUCUUUGAAUUCAAAGGGCUCAAGGAUAUCGAGAUCUUGUUUCGCGUGAAUAUUUGUCAAAGAGAUUCGUCUUCCUGGCCUCGCAUUGUUGUAGGAAGGCGUUUAUCGAUGAUCAAAUGAAAAAAGAAAACCGUAUCGAGAAUGUUGCUCAUCUUUAUUCCCACGUUAUUCCGGUGUUCAUCGAAAAAACGAAUACGGUGAUCGCGUAAAAGUUAGGAACGAUGGAAUUUCAGAGAUAGGUGUUUGAUAUAACUCGACGUCAUAUCGUCCGGUUGCUCCCGUAGGUUGUUUCAAUAUAAGAUCAAGCGAGUUAUACGGGAUAGAUAGAUAAAUUCGUUCAAGAAGUCGGACAUUGAAAUGAAGAUAUUUCAAAUUCCUGGUCGCGCAAGGAUUACGCAGAAUACUUUUUUCCUUUUCUUAUAUACACAUACGUAUCCCCUAUUACAUGAACAUUUCGAAUCAUGAAACGACUGAGAUGUCGAAUGGAUCAGAAACGUUUCAGGAUCCUUUAACGAUGCGAACAUUUUUCAUUUUCUCGCACACUUCGUUGCCAGUCAACCUCGCAAAUUUCCAUAGCUUUCCCUUGUAGAUGGUUUUGUGCACGAACGCGAUAUUUAGUAAGAUUUUACACGAAAGAUUAAGCGGGCAAUCGGGCGCUCUAAUAAUAUAAUACGAAGUUACGUCACGUGGUCGAAACGUGGCUGUGCUAGUGCCAUGCAUUCCAAAUACUUUUGCCAGCGGAAGCGCACUGUGUGACCGUUCUUUCGUGAUGUUCGGGGUAUAUUUUAUAGUGAUUUCAUUCUUAACUAACAUAUUUUUCCCUUGAACGCCUUGUUUAUGCAAAGCUUUACGUAUAGACACGAUAUCGAACAGAGAGGAUUAUUGACGAUGAUCGCAGCGAGAUUCGAAUGGAAAUCUAGGCUGAGGGGUGGUAUCUUCAUGAAAGAACUGCCUGGGUUGGGGUAAACGUGUUUCGGCGGAACAAACACAUAAACGAAAACUAAACAAAACAAUUUAAAAAAUAAAGCGAAGAAUAAAUAGUUGAAAAGGGAAACAAUAUUGGCGUAAGAAGAAACGCGAAGGGACAAAUAGGGAAUUGACGAGAAACGAUUAUAAACUAAGACUUUUUAUUAAAUUGAUUAUCUUUUUUACGAUUUUACAUAUCGAGGGAAACCAAUGUGUCUGCUCCAUGUCUGGAUAUAAAAAUAAAUAUAUAUACAUAUAUAAUUUUUUUACUGUUGCGAACGAUAUUGCCAAACUUAGCGUAUAAGAAAGAGAAACGUCUAUUUAGCUUUUAAAAAUGGGAAGAAACCUGACAAAACAACAAACAAAUAAAAAUAGGAGUAGGGAAAAAUCGUUUCGGCGAGCCGCUCGUUACGUAGACUGGAGCCUAAACCUUGAUCUCUUUGCGAUACACACAUCCAUGUACACACCAAACACAUCAUACAGUUAUACACGAAUGUAAAUUCUCCGUACAUUGUUUUAUCUCGCGGUGGAUCCUUUCGAUUUCGAAGCAGAACGAAAUUCUCGCAGACGAAACACGGUGUCUUCCAAUCGCGAAAAUUUCUCCUUCUACGAAAAAGAAAAAAAAUUACAGCUUUGCUUUACAGUUCUCACGAUGACGAGUGCCGUCAUCGAUCUACCAAAGUCGAUGUCUCGAUGAAUCCAAGGAAAAAACAUUGCAAAAUGUAUUUUAAAAAAAAGGGGGGGGGGAAAGCGAGAAACCGGAACAGUGAAACGGUUUAUUCCGAAUGUCCAAAGAAGAAACAUGCAAAAUAUCGAGGCGCAAAGUGUAUCCUGUUUUUCUUUUACAUUCCACGUAGCAGAGAGAGUAGAGGGAAAGAGAGGACGUAAGAAAGAGAGCGAGAGGAGAGUGGAAGGACGAGAGAGAAAGAAAGGAUGUGGAUGUGAAAGGGGGAAUGCGAGAAAGAGAGAGAGAUAGAGGAACCACGACGGAGAGGACGUUGGUGCGCGACUUUCCGCGUCUUGAUAAAGAACUCGAUCGCUCGCCUGUCCUUCUGAUUCGCAAACAAUCGAGAGUUGCGCUUCGUCGCAUUCACCAUUCUACUGGCUGUCUUUAAAAUGGGUGGUCGAAUUCGUAAAAGCCUUCUACUGGUCGUUAGGAUGACGCUAGGAUGACGAUUAGGAUCGAUAAGAAAUUAUUCCUGUGUUAUUUAUUCGACACAUCUUUUUAUUCUCACGACGAGUAAAAUGUAUAUAAAAAUAGCCAUUGAACUACCUAUUUUAGAAACAGUCUGUACAUUAAUGGAACGAACACGCGACUAUUCUUUUCAUCACGCGUAGUUUACGAUCAAUCGUGACCAAGAACAUUCUUUCAUGAUCGUAUAACAAGCGUCUACUUCAAGACGUUACUAGAAGACGGGGUAUAUCGUUCGUUUCCGGUAUCUUCGAGGUGAUCGUUGCGAAUCACGUUAUCAGGUCCGCCGAGAAGGGCAAACAGACUAAUAGAAAUGGAAGGAAUGAAAUACGGAGGGAACCACCCGUGUAAAUAGGGAUCGGUCGUGGAAGAACAGAGGUAGGAAACUAGGAAACGAAAUGCCGGCCGUGCCGUGAUGGAAGUAACGAGUAACGAGUUGUGAAAAUAAGAAAUACGAAAGAAGCAAAUUAUAUUAUAUAUGCGACUGUGAUUUUUUGGAGAGACUCUCGUGUGCGAGGGGUCGAUGUUCUACCUUAAAGGGAGCGUGGCUCUGGCUGAUCCAUGUUCUCCAUUCUACGAUCUCGAACAUAGCAGAUUUGCUCGCCAUUCUUCUGUGUAAUUAUUAUUUUGUCUAUUCGUUUUAAUAAGAGAAUAUUCGCUGCUCUGUAUUUCGAGCUAGCCUAACGCGCACACAAACACGUAUAUUUAAUGAAUGUAAGAAAGACAUAUAUACGCCGAUUGAGGUCGUUUUUGAAAGACAGAGUUUUUCUUUUUACGUUUAUAUGUGAUCGAGGGAACGAGUCACGAUCAGAGCCUCGCUCCUAGAAACAAACUCAUACACGAUAAUAUCUUAUCGAACUAUUAGUUGUUAGCCUUUUCAUCGUCGAGACGCCUAGAGUGCGUGCGAUGCUUCACUAGGGAACGUACGUGAGAGCGUAUUUAAUUAUAAGGAUUAUUAAAAAGAAUAAAAAAAAAAAAAUUGAAAAGCGUGUGCAUUACGCUGUAUCAGUGAUGAUGUGCGCUGUGAGAUAAAUCACAAUUUACUGGUGGGAUGUGUCCUGUUAGGGUGUUAUCUGCGAGUGAAGAAAAAACGACGAGAGGAACGAAUGAGCUGUGAGAGCGAGUAAGAUUGUGAGCGAGAGAGAAACACAAGAGGAGAGAGUAUUUGAUAACUGUGGUGGAGGGAUGAUGAGAAGAGUUGGCUCGUGAUUCGACGUGAAUCGCGGCGUCACGUUCGGGAAAGGACGAAUCGUCGAUUUGUAAAAAAAGAAGAAACAAAGGAUGGAAAUAAGAAAAAAAAGUUAUAUAAAUUUUGUAUCGUGACGCGGUUAAAAGAUCGGAGAACUGUAACCGAAUCCAUGUCCUGGCGCUUCGCUGAAAUUUUUGUCCAACUUAGAAAACGAGAUCGCACGACUAAAUAAGUAAGCUGUUAUAUAGACGACAAUGACGACGACGAUAACAACGACGAUGUGAAUAAGAUGCAAAUGAAUCCACGCAGAUCACGCAGAUGAAUUAUUUUUCGAGAGGAUUUCAGCGACGCUGGGUCCAGAACAGAAUCUCCGUUCUUAAGAUAUUCGAACCGCGGUGCCGUUGUACGUACGAGACAAUAUUUUCGAUAAUAUUUUUUAAACGAUCGAAUCGCGAAACACGAAGCCAACGCGUGUAGAGCUGUUAUUGUUCCAAAACGUCAGAGAAAUUGCGCGGUAAUGGCAGAAGUGAAGAUCGAUCGAUCGUGUGAUGCCUAUAGUGCUUCGUGUGUGUGUCACGGUUGAUCAGUAUCUUCAGAUAUUUUUGUUUUUCCCGAUUUUUGAUGGGUUGCGUCGAGAUAAAGCUAAAAUGCCAUUACCAUGCAUAUAGUGUGAUUAAAAAACUAAAGAAUUAAGAGAGAUGCAAACAAAAAAAAAAAUUAAUAAAAAAAAAUGAAAAAAAUUAAUAACGAGAAAAAAGAAGAGGAGAGAAGCAAAAUGAGCGUGUGAGAUUGAUCUUUUUGUGACGAUAUGCGGAAAGAGAGAGAGAGAGUGCUGUCGAGUGCUGCCGAUCGACGAUCGGACCAAACAUUAUAAUUUACGCAUGUGAACAAUUCGGGCGAUAAAUGUGGGUUUGAAGCAAAAGCAAGAAAGAAAGAAAAAAAUGAAUAAACGAGAACACGAGUUGGAUGAAAUCCUA